GCUGCCAGAUAAAGGUUCAUAAACUGUGCGCUGCGUUUCCACAUUUACGACUGUUACUGCUCAUCAGUCAUCACUCCUCAACAAGGCAGAGAGUAUAGCAACGGGCGACCAGCAGAGAGGCUGCCGUUAAGGGAUCAGCCAUGCUCGGAGGAGUCCACACAGAUUUGUUGGUCACAUUGACUUUACUCUUCCUCUCUCAGACGGGGACUCUGUGCAGAGCUGCAAACGACUUUACAUCGGUUCCUUUACCCGAGUGGAGGACAAAUGCAGACUAUGUUACACAAUGUUCCUACGACAGACAGAACAACCAGAUCUGUGACUGGACGAGAAACCAACAAAUAGGAGUGGAUGUUGCAGUGAGUAUUUUCGAGAGUGGUCCACUGAGGCUGGAGGGCGAGGCCUGUCUGGAGUUUUGGUACCAGAACCAAGUCACAAAUAAUGGGUCUGAACUAAGAGCUUUCCUGAAAAGCAGCGACGGACUGGAAGAAAUCUGGACCUCUCCUGUCCUCCACAGAAAUUUGUGGAUUCAAGUAUUUGUCCCCCUGAAAAUCGUGAAACUGGAGUCUCGGGUUGUACUUGAAGCAGUGGCCACGGAAGGACGGAUCACAAUUAACAAGAUAGGUGUAAGCAGAGGCUCAUGUGGACCCCAGUGUGAAUCUAACACAGAGUUAUGGACGGAUGAGUCCACCCGCUGCCUCUGCUCUGAGGGCCAGCUCUCCUGUUCUCCCUCUCUGUGCCCACAAGGCCAAAUCUGUGGUCCUCAUAGAGAAGGACCCAGAGGGAUUUCCACCACUGGGACGUGCACAAUACACAGUCACACAGACUGCAGCACUUUUGAUGGAGUGCUGUUCCGCUUCAUGUCCCCAUGCACCUACGUACUGGCUAAGACCUGCUCGUCCACUGGGACCCUGCCCAUGUUCAGUGUGGAGGUGGUCAAUGAGCAGAACGGGAACUCAUCUCUGCCGGCCAUUCAGCAGGUCAAUGUGGACACAGGGAACAUCAGAGUGUCUCUAUUGAAAAGACAGACGCACCGGGUCGUGGUUAAUGGGGUCUGGAGGAAGCUUCCGCUGAGCCUCGACAGUGGCACUGUCAACAUCAAGAGUAACCCUGCUGCCGUUGUCCUGGGAACCAGUUUCGGUCUGAUCGUUUCCUUUGACAGCACUGGGGCUAUGAAUGUUAUUCUGCCGUCCACAUAUUCAGAUGAGGCCUGUGGCUUGUGUGGCAACUUUAACAACAUCAGGGAAGAUGACCUCCGCAAGCCUGAUGGUACAAACGCCCAAGAUGCUACGGCUUUGGCUCAGAGCUGGCAGACUGGGCAGAGCACCUCCUCCUGUAAUACUAUUCUAGUCCCUCAUCAGUGUGACCCAAAGGAGGAAGCCAAGUACACCAGUGAGUUGUACUGCGGCAGCCUCCUCUCCAGCACUGGGCCCUUUGCUGACUGCCAAUCAGUUCUGGGGGCAGAGAGUUACUUCAGGGGCUGUGUGGUCGGCAUGUGCUCUGCUCAUGGGGACCCAGCAGUGCUAUGUGAGACAUUACAGGUCUACAGUGAUAUCUGCAAGGAGGCUGGAGUCGCUGUACCCAUGUGGAGGAACUCCACAUUCUGCCCCCUUCAGUGUGCUGAGAACAGCCAUUAUAACUCAUGUGCUGAUGGCUGUCCAGAGGUGUGCUCCGGUCUGGAUUUAACUGGCUCUUGUGGAAGCUGUGAGGAGCGAUGCGAGUGCGACUCUGGCUUCAAACUCAGUGGGGGGAAGUGUGUCCCAGCAGAGGACUGUGGGUGCUGGUACAGUGGGAAACACUAUGAGAAAGGAGCAACAUUUGUGGGAGGAGAGUGCGAGAAGCAGUGCCAAUGUAUGGGUAAUAAUGAUCUGUGGUGCACCUCAAUGCAAUGUGCAGACACAGAGGUUUGUAAGGUCGAGGAUGGGGUCAAAGACUGCUUCCCGUUCAAACCUGCCACCUGCAGGGUGUAUGGCGAUCCGCAUUACAUCACUUUUGACAGGGUGGCUUAUGACUUUCAAGGAGGCUGCAGUUACACUCUGACUACAACAUGCGGAGAUGAAAGCUCGGUCCAGUUCACUGUUAUUGGACACAACAUGCAUCCUCCCCUUCAGAACUUUACCCGGUCCAAGCUGGAGGCUGUGACUCUACAGGUGGAAGAUUUUUUCAUCACCCUUAAUCAAACUGGAGAGGUCCUUGUAAAUAACAGCCGUGUCCAACUCCCCUAUGUCACCGAUGGAACCUACGGCUCAAUGCGGGUCUACAUGAAGAAUAAUUAUAUUGCUCUGGAGGCGGACUUUGGCCUCCGUCUACUGGUAGAUGGGCAAAGCAGACUGUUUGUGCAGGUGGAUGAGCGAUACAAAUAUGAGCUGUGCGGACUGUGUGGCACCUUCUCCGGAUAUCAGGACGAUGACUUCAUAACCCCAGGAGGCCAAAACGUUACAGAGCCAUUUGAGUUUGGUGACAGCUGGAGGGUGCCGAACCAGAAUGAGUGUACUGUCUAUCCAAAUGACCCGAGAGUCUGUGACUAUGAUGAAGAGAACGAUGCCUACACUGAGUGUAACACACUACUGAGGGAUGUCUUCAGUCCCUGCCAUGAAAUUGUUCACCCCAACAUCUACCUGAAUAGUUGUGUGUACGACUAUUGUGCCACAAAUGGGGACCAACACACCUUAUGUGAAUCUCUGAAGUCCUAUGCAACAGCAUGUCAGGUUGCAGGAGUGGAGCUGCCCUUCUGGCAGACAGACACAGCUUGUGCUGAGCCUUCAACCACUUCAACCACUCCAACAACCCAAACCUCUCCAACACCAGAUCAGACUUUCUGUCCUAUGAAUUGUGACUUUGAAAAAAAUCUGUGUGGAUGGGAGCAGCUCGUACAGGACAGUUUUGAUUGGACAAGACAUUCAGGACCCACCCCCUCAAAACUAACUGGGCCACUCGACGACCACACCACUGGAGCUGGCUUCUACAUAUACAUUGAGGGAGACAGUGUCAGCCAUGGAGACUCAGCCCGUCUGAUGAGUCCAAAGUGUCAUUACAAUGGCCCACUCUGUCUGCACUUCUGGUAUCAUAUGUAUGGUUCAGCCACAGCAAUGGCCAUCAAUAUCUACCUGCUCAAAGACAACAGAGCUACCAAGCUGUGGUCCAUGAUGAACAACCAGGGACCAACAUGGCAUCCAGGAAAUGUUGACAUCCGUGUGUCUGGUCCUUUCCAAAUCAUAGUAGAGGGAAUCCGAGGCUCUGAUGCACGGUCGGAUGUGGCCAUAGAUGAUGUUUCCAUCCACUUUGGCUCAUGCUCAGGCAGAUUCCCAGGCCUGGUUGCUGAAACUGAGCUUCCUCCCUCAAAUGUGGGAGUCCUCCCAUCACAACCACCAUCGACAACUACAGUUACAACAACAACCACAACAACUUCCAACCCUGAUGUGGGAGUCCUCCCAUCACACCCAGUCUGUAAGCUUGGCUGUAGCUUUGACAACCAUCUUUGUAACUGGAAUCAGCUGCUUACUGAUGUUUUUGACUGGACAUGGCAGAAUGGUACCACACCCACCCUGAUGACAGGGCCCUCUACUGACCACACUGGUGAUGGUCACUACCUGUACAUUGAGGCCAACAGUGCAACUUAUGGAGAUACAGCUCGCCUCCUCAGCUCUGAGUGUUCUGACAGUGGUCCUCAGUGUCUGCAGUUCUGGUACCAUAUGUACGGCUCAGCACAAACAAUGGGCCUCCAUGUUUACCUGCUCCAAGACCGACUGGCUGAGGGUGUCUGGUGGAAGAGGAAUGACCAAGGAAAUAUGUGGCACCUGGCUCAGGUGGACUUAACUACAACUGAAACUUUCCAGAUCAUUUUUGAAGGGCGAAGAGGUUCCAAUGAUCAGUCUGAUGUGGCCAUAGAUGAUAUAUCAAUUCAUCGUGGACGCUGUGCAGAUUUGACUAAACCAACAACCCCUGCUCCUGAGGUUCCUGCUACACAACAACCCACAACAACUUCAUCAAAACCACAACCACCAUCGACAACUACAGUUCCAACAACAACCACAACAACUUCCAAUCCUGAUGUCCCAAUGACCACACGACCUGAUGUUCCAACAACAACAAGACCACAGCUACCAAUAACAUCAAGGCCAAUAACAACAGCUGCAACUGGACCAACAACCACAGCUAAAACACACCCACAAACCUCAGGAGGCCCAGAAGUUGGAACUCCAGAACAGCCAGUACCUGAAACCACAGCAAGACCACAGCCUUCAACCACGACUCAACCACAGCCACACACAACAUCUAUAACACAAACUGCAACCACAGCUAGAACACAAACCACAGAGUCACAAAUAACAAAUAGACCACAAACUCCAACCACUACAUCACAACCACAAACAGUUAGACCUCAACUAACAACCACAGUUCAACCACAACCUCCAACAACAACUUCACCAAAACCUCAGGACACAACUGUACUUGAGUCACAAACAACACGCACACAUCAAACUCAAACCACUACACUGCAACCACAAACUCAAACUACUACAGCGAAACCACAAACUCAAACCACUACAGCGAAACCACAAACUCAAACCACUACAGCGAAACCACAAACUCAAACCACUUCAGCUAGGCCACUACCUCCAACCACAAUGCAGCCACAAACUUCAACCACUACUCUACCACAGCCAUUAACAACAACUAAACCGCAACCUCCAACCACAGCUAGACCCCAACCCACAACAGCUACACCACAAUCCACAACAACACUGAGACCAAAACCCACAACAACAGCUGGAACCCAACCCACCACAACCCUUAAACCACACCCACCAACUGAAAGACCUCAGACUACAGUUACAUCACAAUCUACAACCACUGCUAGACCAAAACCACCAACUACAGCCGUACCAACACCCUCUUGCCCACAGAACAGUCAUUACACCACUUGCAUCCCUGCCUGCAGUCCAACCUGUAGACACCUGAAUGGCCCACCACCCUGCAGUGAGAGUGACAGCUGUGUGCCAGGAUGUGUGUGUGAUGACGGCUUUGUGCAGAAAGGGCAGCGUUGUGUCCCUAUCCAAGAGUGUGGCUGCAUGGACAGCAGUGGCAACAAACAUCAUUUCGAUGACAGGUGGUACACCGAUCACUGCAGUCAGAAAUGUGAAUGUGAGAAAGACGAUGGCAUAGGGAAGAUUGACUGUGAUGACCAAGAUGAAUGUGAUGGAAAUGCCAUCUGCCUUCAGAACGACGAGGGCGAAUACUACUGCAGAGAUACAGGCUUCAGUGAAUGCACUAUAAAUGGAGACCCCGAGUACAGAACCUUUGAUAAAAUGAAGUAUGACUUUGAGGGCGAGCACUCGUAUGUGCUGGUCCGGACCAAGAACUUGCCAAAUGACAUUCCAGGCGUCUACAUCGUGGGCAUCAAUACACGCAGAGAAGAUGAUGGCAAUGAUAGUGAGCAUCACGAUGACAGUAGCAGUGAAGAAAACCACAGUCGCAGAGGCAGGGAUGAAGAGGAAGAAGAUGAUGGCAGCGAUGAAGACGAUUCUGACAAUGACAGCAGUGAUAGCAAAGAUCAUGAUGAUAGCGAGGAAGAUGAGGAACAUCACAGAUUACAAGCUCUUAAGAUCAUAGUGUACAAUCACACCGUGGAGUUAAGGAAGAAUCGAGAGCUGGUUGUGGAUGGAAAGAAAACCAAAAUGCCUGUCUCCCCGACCGCUGGUUUAAACAUCCGGCAGCAUUCAUCUCGCAUCUACCUGAAGACCGACUUUGGCCUCUCAGUGGAGUUUAAUGGACGCAGCUCAGCAGAGAUCAUUCUCCCACACAUAUAUAAAAGGAAAGUAGGAGGUCUGUGUGGGAACUUUGACAGUCAUAGGAGGAAUGACUGGAUGAAGCCGGACGGCACCGUGGCCAGGAGUGUUCGAGAGUUCGGAGAGAGCUGGAGAGUGUAAACAUUCUCUCCAGGUUGAUAAUAUCUGUAACCUUAGAAGAUAAGAAUAAACCUGAGCUUCAAAACAUGACUUGGCAAAAAACACCAGUGGCACUGAUGUCCAGUUCUCUUCAGUUCUCCAGCUUUUCAUGACAAAGUACCAUAAAAAAACACUUUCCUACAGCGUCUUAUCAUAUGUUGCUGUUUCUGUCACAGUCGAGUAUAACAGGUAUUCAAAGGUUAGGCUCUUACAGCUUUGUAGAUCUUUCACAGUGAUGGCCUCUGAACAAAGAACAAACGGUACAAUGCAGUGUUUGAAUGAUGACAAUGUAUGUCUACAUAUGAACGCAUUGAAUGUGCAAUAAAUGAUUAUUGAGAA